ACAUUUUGGAACAUGUCAUGUUGGGGCUCAGGGAUGGGGCCGUCCGAGACCGAGUCCCGCUCCCCCGCGCCUCCUGAAUGAACACUGCAGGCGGGUCGGCUCUGUCCCGAACUGACACCUGUUCACGCGACACCUGGCAAGCAGGCAGGGGCUGCCCGGCCGCUGUGCGCAUGCUCUGUAGGCAGGUUGGCGUCUCUUAAAGCGCUUGGGGAAGCCUCCUCUCCAUCAGUGGAGGUCGGAGCUUGGAGCGGGGCGCAGCGGCCGGCUUUGAGGAAGUUUCCUGCCCACAGACAUGCCGCGCUCUUUUUUGGUCAAGAGCAAGAAGGCGCACAGCUACCACCAGCCCCGCAACUGCGAGGAUGACUACAGCAGGCUGGACUCCAUUCUGGCGCAAAUAUGCGCAGAGGCAGAGACUCUACCGGAGGAGGACGCCUGUGAGUCGGUGGAUAGGUACGGCCUGUCCCCGGACUCCCACCGGAGCGAGCCCCCCAGGUUCUCCCCCACAUCCCCGCUCAGCUGCGCCAACAGUUUGCUUCGCAGCUCCCCGGACUAUGAGGACCUGUGGAGGCCUCCGUCCCCCUCUGCCUCGCCGGCUGACUCGGACAAAUCGCUGUCUCCGGUGGACGAGUCCCGGCCCUUCACCGUUCCCUUCCGCCCCUACGCCUGGAGCAGCUAUCCGGGCCCCGCGCUGAGGCCCCUGAUGCAGCAGAACCUUCAUUCUAGCUUGGACCCGAACGGCGCCCCGUCGGCGUUGGCUCUAUUUAGGGACGAAUCGCAUAUGGCACUGUAUGCAGAGCGCACUCUGAGAGAGGAGUCCUACUGCGACUACAGGAGGCACGCGGCUCUACUGUUACCUGCUGAGGCGGGCCUUCACCGUGACAAAGCCCAGCCGGACCUGCUGGGCCCCAACCUCCUCCUCAGCGGCGCCUAUAAGUGUGUGAAGUGCAGUAAGGUGUUUUCCACCCCACAUGGUUUGGAAGUCCACGUCCGCAGAUCCCACAGCGGCACUCGGCCUUUUGCGUGUGAAAUGUGCGGCAAAACGUUCGGCCACGCAGUCAGCCUAGAGCAGCAUAAAGCGGUGCACUCUCAGGAGAGAAGUUUUGACUGCAAAAUUUGCGGGAAAACCUUCAAGCGCUCCUCCACCCUCUCCACCCACCUGUUGAUCCACUCGGACACGCGGCCGUACCCGUGUCAGUUCUGCGGCAAGCGGUUCCACCAGAAGUCUGACAUGAAGAAACACACCUUUAUCCACACAGGCGAGAAGCCGCACAAAUGCCAGGUCUGUGGGAAAGCGUUCAGCCAGAGCUCCAACCUGAUCACGCACAGCAGAAAACACACGGGAUACAAGCCGUUCGGCUGCGACCUCUGCGGCAAAGGCUUUCAGAGGAAGGUGGACCUGAGGAGACAUAAAGAGACGCAGCACGGACUGAAAUAAACGAAUCAAUGACUUAGCGCACCUGUCCAACUUCAGACCAUCCUGUUUUUAACCAAGGGGAAUUUCAGGAGGCGUUUGGGAUCAAGAUCCACUUUGAUCCAACUUUUACGCAUCAGAAAGAACCCGCUCCAGAGCAAAAGACGGCGACUUCAAGCAGAAAAGAAGCACUGGCAGCCUGAUUCUUCUUGUUGGACAGAGACACAAACCCAGGAGGAUAAGCUUCAGCUGUACAUCCGGAAAAAAGGAAAUCUAUUAACUGAAAAAACGAACAAAGGAGGAUAUGUGCGUUUCGAGGCGACACAGCAACAUAGUGGCUUCUUCUCCGUUUUUGCACAUUUUCCUGUCAGUUUGCAAAAUAAAUAUAUUUCAUCUUGCGAA